AGGACACGUCACAAUCCGCACGGCUGAGGGCCCCUCCAUAGUGCGAUUCCGGUCAAUCUCCCACAUGUGGGAGGCAAUGGAGCAUCCGGAUCCCUGGGGAUUCCAGGUCCGCAGCAUUGUGGAGAGGUACCGAGAAUUACCCAAGGAUUCGGUGACGUGGGUCUUCGUGGACUUCCUGCCUAUCAGUACAAGAGAUCUGCUGAAGAAGAUGAGUUCUUCAGGAAGGGGCUGAAGCGAAUGCACUGGCUGUACAGUCAUGAGAUUGUGCACGUAGACAUCCUCACUGAACUCACACCUGAGGACAAGAAGUUCGAGGGCGAGAUUUUGGUGUACAACGCGACGGAAGACCAGGUGAAACUGACACCAAUCUGCGAGCUGAGGCUGAACAACACCCCCUAUGAGCUUCGAGGUUGGUGCCAGAGUGAAUCUGAGUGGUCCCGCCUGCGUAUGGAUGUGCUUGGAGGUUGUAUUCCCACUCCUCCAGAAAUAUUCAGGAAGAGGAUGCAAAGGAUGCGGUUCACGCAUCGAAAUGAUGCCGAGCAGGUGCUUGCAUUGCAAGAGAAGGUGUUCAGAGACAAAGUCUCCAAGACAACACACUUGCAGCUCCAACAACUCUCUUUGGAUGACCUGGAGUGUCUACAUGACGCCUUGCCACACUACAGUAAGUUGGAGUACUUGGUGGUAAAUGGCAAUGCCCUGAAGGGGCAAGAUGCCGUGGCGAUGGUGACCUCAGGUGCGGCGGACAUCCAAAUGGAGUCGUGUUCUCUACAAGAUGAAGAUGCAGAUGCAAUGGCAGAGGCACUGAUGAGCUCAGCUGCUGAUCGAUUGGAACAUCUGAGUCUGACUGGAAACCGCUUCAGUGACAUCGGGACAGCUGCCCUUCGCAAAGUGAUGGAGCAGCGACCGCAGCUGAAGAUCCGACUGUAGAUUUAGAAUGAUUCAGAUAGAUUUAGAUGGUCAGUCGGACGGGCUGCUUCCAAGUUGCGACACCGCAAGUCUAUGGAUGGUUUACAAUGGAAAAUUCUAUUUAAAUGGAUGAUUUAGGGGUACCCCAUUUCAGGGAACCACCAUGUAGGAAAUCGGAGUUGGCCGAAGGAUAUGCCGCAAUGCACUUGCCAUGUCUUCGGAGAUGAAUGAAGCGCAGGAGAAUUGGAGCACACCUUUACAGCCAAAUCCGGAAACUCCAACGGUUGGCACACCAAAAGAAUCCAAAAGAAUUACAACUCCUG